AUAAAAAUAAAACUCCAACAACCCAAUACAAAAAGCAAGCAAGCAAGCAAGCAAGCAAGGAACAGCGUUGUCGCGGGAUUCGAUCGAUUCUGAUAAUCUCCGCGGUGGCGAUGGGGAGAGGGGUGUUCGAUCUGGAGAAGCACUUCGCCUUCUACGGGGCGUACCACAGCGACCCCACGAACGUGCUCAUACACGUGCUGUUCGUGUGGCCCAUCUUCUACACAUCCCUCGUCCUCUUCCAAUUCACCCCUCCCCUCCUCCACCUCCCCCUCCUCGGCGUCCUCAACCUCGCCUUCGUCUUCGCCCUCACCUACGCCCUCUUCUACGUGCUCAUGGACCCCAAAGCAGGCUCCCUCGGGGCCCUUCUCUGCUUCCUUUGUUGGAUCGGGAGCGACCUCCUCGCUCAUCGAUUAGGGUUUUCGCUCGGCUGGAAGGUAGUAUUGGCUGCUCAAAUAUUUUGUUGGACUGGGCAAUUCAUAGGGCAUGGAGUAUUUGAGAAGCGAGCCCCGGCUCUUCUUGACAACCUUUCUCAAGCUUUUUUGAUGGCCCCAUUCUUUGUUCUCCUAGAGAUACUUCAAAAGCUCUUUGGUUACGAACCAUAUCCUGGUUUUCAUGCCAAUGUCAGUAAGAGGAUUGAAGCUGAUCGCAAGGAAUGGCAAGAAAAAAAGCAAAAGAAGAACUCCUAAGUUAUCAAUUGCGGCUCAUGCUACCAUGGUUACUUUCUGUUUUUGUUUGCAACAACCUUAUGUCACUAAACCAAGAAAAAAAAAGGAAGAAACGAAAAAGAUCAUCUUGUGAUUUGAGGACAUUUUAUUCUACGUAUUGAAGCACAGACUUACUGUUGUGUCUUUAAUAAUAUCAUAGACUCGUAGUGUAUAUUUAUGUUUAUAUACAUACAAAUCAUGUAAUGCCCAAAACUGAUGUAAAUAACUGUCUUAAUUAUUGUGUUUAUCUGCUUGGCAAUAAAUAACAGUGAUGUUACCUAAUGUAUCGAAA